CCUCACAGAGCCAUGGCGGCCCAUUCGAGUAUCAAAUCCAUGGCUCUGUGCCUUGUUAUGACCAUGUGCUUGGUGAUCUCGUCUGUUGCAGAGCUUCAAAGAUUCGACCAUCCCGCAAAUGAUGAUGGGUCACUGAGCUUCUUGGUCAUCGGAGACUGGGGAAGAAGAGGAACUUACAACCAGUCUGAAGUUGCCGUUCAGAUGGGAAGAAUUGGAAAGAAACUAAACAUUAAUUUCGUGAUCUCUGUUGGUGAUAAUUUUUAUGACAACGCCUUGACGGGCGAAAACGAUCCUAACUUCGAGGAAUCAUUUACCAGGGUCUACACCGCUAAGAGUUUGCAAAAGCAGUGGUACAGUGUUUUGGGAAACCAUGAUUACAGAGGUAAUGUGAAGGCGCAACUGAGCCCUGUCCUAAGGCAGAAAGAUAGCAGAUGGCUUUGCUUGAGAUCUUUUGUUGUCAAUGCAGAAAUUGCGGAAUUCUUCUUUGUGGACACAAAUCCAUUUGUGGACAUGUACUUUUAUGACCCAAAAGAUCACAUCUACGAUUGGAGAGGUGUUCUUCCAAGAARKAAGUACAUUGCCAACCUUCUCAGGGAUGUAGACACUGCACURAGUCAGUCGACGGCGACAUGGAAGAUUGUGGUGGGUCACCAUGCAAUCAGAAGUGUUGGGCAUCACGGCGACACCAAGGAGCUUGUUGAGAAACUCCUCCCAAUCCUUCARAGGAACAACGUCGAUCUCUAYAUGAACGGACAUGACCAUUGUUUGGAGCACAUCAGUAGUCUGAGCAGCCCUCUUCAGUUCUUAACAAGUGGGGCGGGGUCCAAAGCAUGGAGGGGAGAUGUUAAAACGGCGAAUAAAGAUGCAAUCAGGUUCUUCUAUGAUGGACAAGGGUUCAUGUCUGUGCAGUUGACUCAAACCAGCGCUGARAUUCUGUUCUAUGAUGUUAAUGGCUAUGUGUUGCACAGAUGGACUGGGUCCAAGCAACUCUACUCGGCCAUUUAGGUUAUCAUAUGCAUGCAGUCCCAAGAAGACACUGUAUGGCAAAGGUUUAGCUAAUUAAUGCAAGUUAGGUUAGCUGAUGGGGCUUUGUGGAUGGAUCUUCCACAGUUUUAUUAAUUCCUUGUACAUAU